AUGAGACAGGGGCGUGGCCAAAUUACAUAUACAGCGCCUCCAUUGCAGCAGCCGGCCAUUCAAACUCAACAGAAUAUAGUGUCCAUACAGCCUAUUGGUCAUUCUGGUGCGCCAAGACUAGACUUUUCUGGACAGCUUUUGCAGACUCUUCAACAAGAGAAGCACAUAUUCAGCGACGAAGAGCUUGCAUUGCCGUCUCUUCAUUCAGCUCUGCCAUGUAUUUCAGCAAAAGUUAGUACUACUGCCCGAUGGCCUCCAGUACGGCCUAGCUUAGGAAAUGUGUGGAAUACGGCGUCUACAAAACAUAUUUCAACGAUCCCAACCACAACUGACUUCCCAAAACCGUGCUCUUCAUGGCUAGAGUCACUCAAUACGAUCUAUCUGCAAGACGAGGACACGCUUUUUCUUAUAUGGAUCGUUAUGCCGGGAACACAGGCCCAGGAGCUGGCUGGCGCCGCCCUUGAGAAGCUUGGAUGGCGCUACGAUAUCGACUCAUCGGUUUGGUAUCUCUGUGACACACAAAAUAAGGUGCUUUACUACGAUACAGUAACCAUGAGCCGGAAGGACUCCCUCAGUGCGCCAUCUAACCUCUCAAAAUGCUCGUUCUACAUAGAUGGGCAUAUCUAA